UCUUUCAUCGCUUGUUUUUGAUCCUUCGAAACGUUUCCAAUUCUACACAAAAAAAAAAAAACCGAAACGUUUUUCUCUGAAAGAAUGUGUUACGGUAACCAACGACGAUCUCUCUCACCAAACCGCCAUUUAAACCGCCCGGCCCUAAACAACAACGCAUUGGUGGUGGAUACUCUCCGAGUCCGGCUCGCCGAGACGGAGGCUCGACUCGAGCGAGCCAGGGCUCGAGAGGCCGAACUCACCCGCCGACUCGAAGAGAUGAAGCGUUUUGUUUCCGUCAUGGAGAUCCUUGAGUCGUACCUGAAACAACGGUUUCGCGAGCAACAAGAAUGCGUGGCUCGCCUCUUCUCUUCGGUUCCUGCUAAAUAGAAAAAGCUUUACCCUCGGUGAUUUCAACAAAUACGUUUUGUUUAUAUUUCCUUUCAGAAUUUGUUGUUUUUGUGUUUGCAUGUUUGAUAGAUAUGAGGGAUUACGUUUCAGAUGAUUGGAAAAUGUAAAAGUUAUCUGUUACUUUUUGUCAGGGUCUGGGAAGUUUAAAAGUAGUUGGAAUU